AUGAGCUCCCCAGAUGGGCCACGAUUCCGGUCAGGGCUGCUCUCCGGGGCUGCCUCCCCCAGUGGCGAGGAUGGCUUCUUCCCCUUUGUGCUGGAGCGAAGAGACUCAUUCCUGGGAGGGGGCCCAGGGCCUGAGGAGCCUGAGGACCUGGCCUUGCAGCUGCAGCAGAAGGAGAAAGACCUGUUGCUGGCGGCAGAACUGGGCAAGAUGCUUCUGGAGCGCAACGAGGAGCUGCGGAGGCAGCUGGAGACACUGAGUGCCCAACACGCUGAGCACGAGGAACGACUGCAGCAAGAGAACCAUGAGCUCCGCAGGGGCCUGGCAGCCCGGGGCGCUGAGUGGGAGGCCAGGGCUGUGGAGCUGGAGGGGGACGUGGAGGCGCUGAGGGCCCAGCUGGGAGAGCAGCGCUCAGAGCAACAGGACAGUGGCCGCCAGCGCGCACAGGCGCUCAGUGAGCUCAGUGAGCAGAACCUCCGGCUCAGCCAGCAGCUGGCCCAGGCCUCCCAGACUGAGCAGGAGCUCCAGAGAGAACUAGACGCCCUUCGGGGUCAGUGCCAGGCUCAGGCCCUGGCUGGGGCAGAGCUAAGAACGCGGCUAGAGAGUCUGCAGGGGGAGAACCAGAUGCUGCAGAGCCGCCGGCAGGACCUGGAGGCACAGAUCCGAAGCCUGCGUGAGGAGGUGGACAAGGGCCAGGGCAGACUGCAGACUACUCAUGAGGAGUUGCUGCUGCUACGGAGGGAGAAGAAGGAGCACAGCCUCGAGCUGGAACGUGCUCGCCUUGAGGCUGGGGAAGUGCUGAGCGCCCUGCGGAGGCUGCAGCGGCGCGUCUUGGAGCUGGAAGAGGAGUCACGCCUUCAGGACGCCAACGUCUCUAGUGCCUCACUGCAAUCGGAGUUGGCCCACAGCCUCGAAGGCCACCAGUACGAGGACAAGGGCACCAGUGUAUGUGGAGACACCCAGAUCACCCCAUCCCUGGAGACCCAAGAGGCAUCCAGACCCCCAUCUUCACCCCAGGAGGAGAGCUUGGAGCCCCCUAAGAAGCGAGCACCUCUAAGCCCAGUGGAGAUACUAGAAGAGAAGGAAGAGGAAGUGGCUAGGCUGCAAGAUGAGAUCACACUGCAGCGGGAAGAGCUGCAGACCUUGAGGGAGGAGUUGCAAAGGCAGAAGGAGCUGCGGGCAGAGGACAAUCCCGCGGAGGCCCUAAACUGCGCCCUCUUGGACCGUGACGAGGCUGUGAACAAGGCCGUGGAACUGUCCCUGGAGCUCAGCCGCGUUUCGCUGGAGAGGGACUCCCUGUCCCGGGAGCUGCUGCGCACCAUCCGCCAGAAGGUGGCGCUGACGCAGGAGCUGGAGGCCUGGCAGGACGACAUGCAGGUGGUGAUCGGGCAGCAGCUGCGCUCACAGCGCCAGAACGAGUUGAGCGCGGCAGCAUCGACCCCACGCCGCUCCACAGCACGCUUCUCACUGCGCCUGGGCCCCGGGCCUGCCGGCGGCUUCCUCAGCAACCUUUUCCGAAGGACCUGA